AUGCUCGAAAAACGCAGAGUUCUCAUCGUCGGUGGUGGUUUCAGUGGCCUGUUUGCGGCUUCUGAGUUGGCCUCUCGUUUUGAGGUCACUCUCGUUGAUGCCAAGGAGUAUUUUGAAUAUACUCCUGGCGUUCUGCGAGCAUUUGUUCACCCUGGCCAUCACUACAGUCUCACAUUCAUUUACUCCUCGGUCUUGGAGGGGAAGAUGGGUUGCAAGUUCAUUUUUGGCGAAGUGAAGACGAUCAACGGCCUUCACAAGUACGCCUCAGUGAAGCCGAUGUUCUCUUGCAGCACGCAAGAAGUCUAUUUUGACUACUGCAUUAUAGCGUCAGGUUGCAAUUUUGGUGUCAUGAACAAGUGGGGCGCGUCCUUGUGGUUUCCAACUAUUCACGAGGAUGCACGCGAAGAGUCCCAUUGGAAGCAUCUGGAUGAGCGCUUCCUCUCGGGCCGUAGACUUCACAUCGUGGAGGAACAUGAGAAACUGAAAGAGCUUAACGAGCGCAGUGGCAGUGUCCUGGUCGUGGGUGGUGGCUUCAUCGGCGUUGAAUGGGUUACUGAACUACAACACUAUUUUCCUAACCUCAAGCUCCACAUAGUAGACUCCGGACCGAAAUGUUUGGGUCCCCUUCCAGAACGUGCGGCCGAGUACUGUGAGGCUUAUAUGAGGGAUAGAGGCAUCAAGAUAUCCUAUGGUCGUUACAAGGAUGACCCCGCUUUCUACAGACAAAUCGGCAUGGAGAAUCAGCCUGACAGUACUUUCGUUUGUAUUGGCGUAAAAGCAUCGAAUUAUUUCAUGCCACCAAAUACGCUCACAUCCUACAACCCUGACGCUCCAGAUAAGAUUGAAAAAGACCCCAAAAAAUGUGGUCCAUGUGGCGGUGGAUGGAUCAGAGUCAAUAAGAAACUGCAAGUUCUACAGAUGAACGACGACCAUCGACUCUCUCCCUUCGGCGGAGGGUGUAUCUUCGCGGUUGGUGACUGUAACCUGUGCCCUGACCUUCCACCUAUUCCCAAGAUCUCUUAUCCCGCAGAAGAGCAAGCGUCGCAUGCCUGUUGUAACAUACGCAUUCUCGAUAGUCUCGAGCACAAGGGCGCUUCGGUCACUCGCUAUUGUGGUCUCUCUCGUUUUUCUGAUCUUCGAGACACAUGGAAGCCUAAGGGCGCUGGCACUUUCGCUACCUCUCUCGGCCCAAGUGAUGCCUGUCUUGUCAUGGGCGCCAGUGAGAAGGGCAAAGGCAAGAUAGUGCUGAGUGGAAGACCUUCGGCAGCUUUGAAGGACUUCAUCGAGUACUCCAAGGUCAAAGAGUGCAAGUCUUCAUGGCUUGGCAAAUUUGCUUGGCAUUUUGUACACAGAACUCCCUUCGUCAACUAUUGA